CAGUCAGACCCCAGCGGACUCGGACAUGCCGCCCCUGCCGCCCGACCCGCCGCCCGCACCGCCGGCGCCGCCCCCCGAGGCCGCCCAGCCGCCCCUGCCGUGCGCGCCGGCGCCGCCCCUGCCGCCCCUGCCGCCCAACGAGCCGCCGCCGCCGCCGCCCCCGCCCGGCGGAGAGAUGGGCGCAGGAAUGCCUGGAGGCUGGCAGCCAGCUGGCACAGGCAAGAAGAACAAGAACAAAAAGAAAAAGAACAAGCAGCAGCAGCAGCAGCAGCAGCAGCAGCAGUGGCAGAUGCAGCAGCAGCAGAUGCAGUGGGCGCAGCAGGAGUCGGACCCCUCCGACCCGUACGAGCAGCUGCAGCAGCAGGCUCAGCAGUACCACCAGCAGCAGCUCCUUCAGCAGCAGCAGUGGCCGCCCCAGCCCGGCUUCCACCCGUUCCGGCCCCAGCAGCGGCCGCCGUUCCACCAGUUCAGGCCGCCGGGGCACAUGAACAUGCACCAGAGGAUGCAGCACCACCAGCAGAUGCAGCAGCAGCAGCAGCAGCAGCAGCAACAACAGCAGGGGGAGGAGUACCAGCAGCAGCAUCAGCAGGACCAGGAGCAGGGUCAGCCGCCGCAGCACCGCGGUCCUCCUCCCCAGCAGCAGAUGGGGUGGUCGCCGCACGCGAACGGCCCCCAGGGACUCCGGCCCGGCUUCAGGUUCCAGCCGAUGCAGCUGUCGCGGCCCCGGUUCCAGGCGGGCGGGCAGCUGGGCAGCUUUAACCAGUCGGUGCGGCCGCCGGGCGGUCAGCCGCCCAGCGCCGCCGCCGCCCCCGCCCCCGCCCCGGGUCCGGACACCUCCCAACCGCCGCCACAGACUCCACCGCCGGAGUCACCCGGUCAGAAGUCUUCGCCUCAGGCGCUGUCCGGUCAGCCCCGCCCACCGAGUGACGCCACGGCCGGGAAGCCAAUGGGCGCUGCGCCGGCCGGCCAGCCGACCAAUCAGGCGGCUGAGAGCGCUGCCAACGCCAGCAGCGACUGGCCCGACAGUCUGAAACGGUACGUGACCCGGGCCUUCGAACGGGCCGUCUCCGACACGGAGAAGAACAGAGUUCAGACGCUACUGAGAGAGAAGAUAACGGCGGCCGCCGCGCGAGGGCCGCUCACAGGAGUCGACUGGGACAAGGAGCCGCUGCCGGGCGCCCAGCUGUCGUUUGUGGAGCGAGCGGCGGCGGCGGCGGCCAACCAAUCACCGGGCAGGGGGCGGGGCCGCGGCCGACUCGGCAACCAAUCAACGGGCAGAUACUUCCGCGGCCGGCUCAGCCGCUCCCGGUCAAGGUCAAGGUCAAGGUCAAGGAGUCGUUCCCGGUCGCCGGACUCCCGGUCGGGGUACGGCAGGUCGAACCGCGGCAGGAGACGGAGGAACAGCAGUAGCGGAAGUUCUCGGGACGAGGACCAUCGCAAUACACCGCGCAAGAAAAACAACAAAAUGGAGAAGAAAAAGGGACGCAAAGACGCCAAGGCGCCGUUCUACUCUCUGGGCGGCCCGGGCGGAGCGACCAUCUCCACCUCUGAACAGCUCCAGAAGAGAGCCAGCAGGUUCGCCGGCCAGCGCGGCGACAACAAACCCAGGCAGAGACUUCAGAUUCAGUCGUUCAUACAGAGCGCCGCCUCCCAGCUGGGUGAGGACGGCGAGGGUAUGGACUGGUCGGCACUGCACAUUGUCGGGACGUGCCAGGACCUGGAGAAACGCUUCCUGCGACUCACUGCGGCUCCGGAGGCGGCGUCCGUCCGUCCGCCGGAGGUCCUCCGUCGCUCGCUGGAGCUGGUCAAGACCAAGUGGAAGGAGCAGCAGGACUACCACAACACCUGUGACCAGCUCAAGAGCAUACGACAGGACCUCACAGUUCAGGGCAUUAGGGACGAGUUUACCGUGCACGUGUACGAGACUCACGGCCGUAUUGCUCUGGAGAAGAAGGACCACACCGAGUUCAACCAGUGUCAGACGCAGCUGAAGGCGCUCUACAGGGAAGUGGGCGGCUCCAACCGGCUCGAGUUUACCGCAUACCGGCUGCUCUACUUCAUAUUCACCCGCGCCAUCAUAGACAUCAACACGACGCUGGCCACGCUGACCGACGAGGACAAGCGGGACCCGUGCGUGGCGCACGCGCUCAAAGUCAAAAACGCCUGGAGCCAGGGCAACUACGUCAGGUUCUUCCGGCUGUACCAGGACGCGCCGAAGAUGUCCGGCUUCCUGAUGGACUGGUUCGCAGAUCGGGAGCGCAAGAGCGCCCUCAAGAAGCUCAUCAAAACAUACCGGCCCGGAGUCGAGGUCGGCUAUGUGUGCCGCAUACUGGCCUGCUCUCGGGAACAGUUUGCCACGCUCACCGAGCCGGCUGCGCUCGUGUAUUCGGACCCAGUGCACAGCCAGCUCGAUUGUAAGGCGAGCAUGGCCUGCCUGGCGGCGCUCUGAGGACGCUCCCAGGCGUGUGUGAGGUGCUAGAGGACCCUCGGCGGCCGCUCGAGUGGCCCGGUGGGUGCGCUGAGGUCGGAGCGCUCGAGUGAGGUUGAAGUGGAGACCCUGAGACGUGGAUGGCGGGCUGGAGGAAGUGCUGUUCUCGAAGAAGGAGGGUGCGGCGAUGGCGGUGGCGGCGGAGGUGGUAGUGGAGGGAGCUGCUCUACGAACCAAGGGAGACAGAAAGAGGAGGGACUUGGCCGGGAGAUACAUGGUGAAGCUCGCUGAGAUGUGAUCAAGGAACGACGAAGAGAAUCUAGGUUGCAGCGAAAUGUUUCCUAGAAAGACGACAGGAUGGUAUUGCAAGCUUGGUGCGUGCUAGAAGCUGACGGAGAUGAUACAGUGUAAUGCUGAAGAGCGCAUUGAUAUACCAUCAAGAUGUUUCUGUGACAAAUCCUGCGGUGUGAAUCAUACGGACAAGGUUCUUUGAGCUGCAGCUGUUCAAUAUCAUGUGUAAAGCUUCAGUUGUUAUACAAAGUUAAAUUGCAAGCCAAAGUACAAUGUUGAUAAAAUCAAGUCACAAGCACGAUCAACAAAAACUAGGAACUUUGAAUGAAGAAUCAUGUUGUACGCACAAUGAAGAGUCUGGGAAGAUGAAAAGCACUACAAGAUAUCACCUCAGCAUCCCGUCCAGAGGCAUCUUCGACAUUACGCAAUGAGUUUUAGGGUCCUGAAGAGCUACAUUAGUCUUGGUUUUUUGUCGUCUGCUAGGUCGUUCGUGGCUAGGAACGCUGCACAUUUCAGAGUGCAUGUUGGUAGGUUUCCUUUUCCUGUCGUCUUCUUUCCUCAUUGCACGUUUAUGACAUGCGUUUUCAUUCACUUCACAUUUUUAUCACCUCGCCACACAUUUUUAUCCAUAUUUCCCACGUGGAGCUGCAUCCUUUUCACCCGCAUCUCAUCGCCAUUUACAUCGAAGUCUCACCACUCAUCAUCAUCAUCAUCACGUCUUUAGUUUUUGCACUUGGUUUCUCAUUUCUCACACAACCUUCCUCUUCCUUCAACGCUGCCACGUUUUGCCUUGCUCUGCUGUUCCGUUCUGCACAGCGCUCCGAAGCCCGCUGUCGCCGGUGCAAAGCUACACGUCGUCGUGGCCCCGCCUGCUGCCCGGAACCCCGAAAGUCUGAAACUACGGCGAUUAAGGGAUCUGGGCGGUGGUGGGGCCGCUUGACCCCAACCGGCGGAUACGCGUGGCACACAGAGAACGCAGAGUCGGGAUAGCGAAACGAUCAGAAGUCAUGCGAAAAUCCUGCCUGCCUAGGUUUGGCUGAUCGUCCAGGGUAACAUCGUUGCGAGAUGUUUCUUCGUGGGAAGCUUCAUCAUUGUUCGUCUUUCGCCGCGAGUUUUUCAGCAAACAUCGCCUACUGCUUACCGCCCAUCGCCCGCUACCCGCCGCCCGCCGCCCGCCGCCCGCCGCCCGCCGCCAGCCUUCCGCAACGCCCAGGUCUUCGUCCCCGCCGCCUUCGCCGCUUGUUCCGUUGCCUGUCGUCGUCUAGGAUCUCGGCCCGCCGCCGGAAGGCGGUCUUCGACGUCUUGGUGGCGACCCCGUGGUCGCCCCUGGGACGGUCUUCCAGUCUAGCCUCCAAGGGACUCCAGGAUGUCUUCGUCAACCAUCGCUGGCAGCCCCGGGGCUCAGGAGAGCUCCGGCAGUUGCCUUCGCCGAAGGGAACCCGAAGGAUCGUCGGCCGUCCUGGAUGGCUGGAUGUUCUGCGGACUGGUGAACUACCCCGGUCGCUGUCUGGUGGACCAUCCCAUCACCCCAGUCGUUCAUGACCUGUACUGUCGUCGGUCUUUUAGGACUGUCUGAGCCGCCCUUUUCCACGCUCUGGAAGUCUGCGCCGUCUUCAGCCUUCCGGAGCUUCCCGCAUCGUCCAGCUCCGUUGACCAUCAUCUUGUGACUGACGCGCUGGACGCUGGUCGAUCUCUGGACAUCCCGUCCGCAGACAUCCCGCUCAAGGGGCCUCAUCGAGUGUGGCCCCUGGAUCACCAACUAGAGUUUGCCUGACGUCGCUACCGCCCGAAGCUGAGGAUCUUCGAGUUCUUCCAAGUUCCAGCGAAGAAGGCUGACCAGAGAGGCGCGGUAGGCCGAUGCGGACCUCCGGUUGAAGGGCUGCAUGAUCUGAGCCCUCAAACUGCAGGUUCAGAGUCUUCAGGUUCAGCAGCUUCGGAGUUGAGGACUUCAAGAGCUCUGCAGGAGGAUCGUCCACUUGUCGACGGAUUGCGGCAACGUGGAGGAUGAAGAGGGGUGCCAGCGUGCCGGACACCCUGAGGACCCGCGGGAGGAGUGGCGGAGGAUCGCCGAGGGAGUCGACUCAGUGCCACCCACACCCUGAUCCUCUCACAGAUACCCUCACAUGUUCUGCGGGGAUCAUCCUCCCUGGGUGCUUUCCUGAAAUCUGAAGCUACCUCUGACUUGUCUGGGGACCUGAUAGGCAAUCCUGUAGACGGUCCUGGUCCCUCUACCUAGACCUUGGUUGGGGGUGACCUUUUUGAACGUGAGCCGUGGGAAUGCAAAAACGCCUUCCCACAGACGGCGUCUUCCGCUGGCUUUUGCCGAUCACGUGACCGGUAUCUACAUGCACGGUGUCAACCGUGUGUGACAUCACGUGACUUUGUUAGUGUUGGGUCCCCACUACAGGUGACCAAUGUAAGACAGCGUACGUUGAAUGAAGAAUGUUUGUAUGUAUUUGUAUAAAGAGAAUGUCAGUCUCAUCUUGUACAUUCGCCAUGGUGUGAGACACCUGUAAAUACAUACGCUGAAAAUUGAA